AAUUUGAAUUAUUAAAUUUACAUAAUAAUUAUUCGACUAUGGGAAACAAAAUCUGAAUCAGACUUUUUCGUUCUCUUCUUCUUCGUCCUCUCUCUCUCUCUCUCUCUCUCUCUCUCUCUCUCUCUCUCUCUCUCCACCCACCACACAUGCAUCAGUUAAGUUGGAGUUGGACCCUUGGCAAGAAUGAAGAGUUGUGUUUAUGAUUUACUUAGCUGAAGGUUUGUGUUGGUAACCUUGAAUGUCUUUGAUUUCGCAGCUGGCGGUUUUCGAGAAUUUCGCUUGGUUUUUGCCUAUUACGUUGACGACUUUUGUUUGAGACAAGACUUGAAGAUUCUGGUUUGUUUGAUUUUUAUGGUAACGGGAUAUUGUUGUUUUCCGAUAUCAAGUUAACAUCUGGUUGCGAUUUGAUACGGGAUAUAUUUAUUGAACGGUCGGUCGUCAAUGGAUUCAAUUCAAAAUAAAGUUCACUACUGUUGUGUUUCUAAAGGUAACCACGUCCUGUAUGCAUAUAGCGGCGGAAGUGAAGAAGUUGAGAAAAUCGCGGCCUUGUGCUUGGAGGCCGCACCUUCUUUUCACAGAUGGUAUUUUGAGACAAUAGGUAAAAGGACUUAUGAAUUUCUAAUGGAAGAUGGAUAUGUUUACUUCACAAUUGUUGAUGAAGGUCUUGGUAACUUGGUAGUUCUUCGGUUUUUGGAACACGUUAGAGAUGAGUUCAGAAAGGUAGCUAGAAAAGGUUCAAGGGGUUUUUCGCCAAACAUGAAUUCAACUAACAUUCAAGAGAAACUGGUUCCUGUCAUUCGCAAUCUGAUCACUUCGUUAGAGAAUGUCUCACGUAGUGGUAGUAAUUGGAGGGACGAAGCUUCCUAUGAUGGUCUGUCUCCAUCACCGAAUAAUUUGAAUGGCCAAAUCGAAGGCGCUGUUUCAACAAAAGCCCCAUUAUUGGGAAAAUCGAGCAAACCAGAAAAAAAGAAAGUAAAGGAUCACGUGAUUGUAAUGAGAGAUGUUGAGUUAGAGGAGCAUCGAAAAUCUUCAGAUAGAGGAGUAAGGGCUGAUUCAGGAAAUCUGGACGGUAUUAGCCAAGGCGGCGCAGGUGCAUCUUCUUCUUUGCAAAAGGAUAUCGGUUCAACGAGGAUUAGAUCAGCCCCACAUACCGUUCGUAAGAAAUGGUGGCGCCAAGUACGUAUUGUUCUAGCUAUCGAUGCAGCUGUGUGUAUAAUAUUAUUUGUCAUCUGGUUAAUAGUAUGCCGUGGUAUAUCAUGCAUUCGAUAGAAUUCAAACCUCUUACGCGACUCUGAAUUUGAUCGAUUUUCUAUUGGAAGUUGAGAUUAUCCGUGCUUGAUCCGAUCAACAACAGAAAUUAGUUUCUUUAGUAAAGCAUGUAGUUGGAGGAAAUUACACAUUUGUCUUGUUAGUAAGAUCUAUUCUUAGGCCUGUGUUUCUGGUUUAUUCAUACUGUAUGAGUUUUUUAAUUAUAGAUGGUUAUGUACAGUUUCAUCACAUUUAAAAAUUUGUACUUGUAUAUGAAUUUUGAGAAGAUUUUAAAGGUUU